UAAACUGUACUUGAUUCUAGCAUGCCACUAUACUUCUUUGAAGUAAUUUGAGCAAAUUUCUCACUGUUUAGUAAUGUAUACAUUGUUUAAGGUACAUUAUAAUUUCACAUUUUGUAGGUGGACUUCAAUAUGUAUGAUCUACUUAUGCUGCCACAAUGUAAAGGCAACAAUCACUGGGUUUUGCUGGUUGCAAGUGUUAUGUCCAGGACUGUAACCAUUUACGACUCGUUGGGUGGUAACAACAAGGCCUUGUUCGAUUUGUUCUGCCAGUUCAUGUGUCAACGAGCGCAAAUUGUGAAAGAUGGCUUGGAAAAAUUCAGUUCAGAGUUCAAAGCGCCACCUUGCAACAAACAGCGCCAUGGAAACAGCUGUGGAGUGUUUGCAUUGAUGACUGCCAAAUGUUUGGUCAUGAAAAAGCAUCCCACAAUGUUGCGACAGGCCCAUGAUUCAUUUUAUCGAGACUAGUCGUGAGACGCAGACUUCUGAUUCAUGGAGUGCGGCAAACAUAUCUGUGCGACUCGAUCAUUUUACUGUAAAGACCCGCACGGCAUUAAAAUGGAUAUUAUCAAUUUGUGUUGUUGCUCGAAAAUAUGUUUUUGUAGCAGGAAGUGCUUUGGGCUCGAUUAAUCUGAGAACUCAACAAAAUAUUAAUAAAAUCCUUCUGUGCCUUUUAGUUCUGAAAACAGAAGUAGCCAGUUGGUAUUACACAUCUCCUAAACAAGUACAGCACAAUAAAACUUAAGGUUUUAUAAUCCUUAAUUUUUAUAACAUCUUUAUAUCCACACAAAAAUAUUGAUGAUUGUGGUGCUCAGAUUGCAAAACCACCUGUUUGGCAAAAAUAAUGCAGAUGGUUAGAUUAUGAUAAGUGCAAGAAAAAAAGAAUAACUCUGGAGAUAAUAAUUGAUAUGAUAAUCAUUGCUUGACAGAAUCACA